AUGUAUGAGGAGGAGCUGGAAAGGGAAGAGGUCACCACAAAGAAGAGGAAACUGGGGAAGAAUCCAGAUGUGGACACCAGCUUCCUGCCUGACCGAGACCGGGAGGAGGAGGAGAAUCGGCUCCGGGAAGAGCUCCGGCAGGAGUGGGAAGCCAAGCAGGAGAAGAUCAAGAGCGAGGAGAUUGAAAUCACGUUCAGUUACUGGGAUGGCUCUGGACACCGGCGAACAGUCAAGAUGAAAAAGGGCAACACAAUGCAGCAGUUCCUGCAGAAGGCACUGGAGAUCCUGCGCAAAGACUUCAGUGAGCUCAGGUCAGCAGGAGUGGAGCAGCUCAUGUACAUCAAGGAGGACCUAAUCAUACCCCACCACCACAGCUUUUACGACUUCAUUGUCACCAAGGCACGAGGAAAGAGUGGGCCUCUCUUUAACUUCGAUGUUCACGACGAUGUGCGGCUGCUCAGUGACGCCACAGUGGAGAAGGAUGAGUCGCAUGCAGGCAAGGUGGUGCUGAGGAGCUGGUAUGAGAAGAACAAGCACAUUUUCCCCGCCAGCCGCUGGGAGCCCUACGACCCCGAGAAGAAGUGGGACAAGUACACGAUCCGGUGAAGGUGGAGGUGCACGGUCCCCCUUUCCCCACGCUCCAGGACUCUGGGCACCUGGCCCUCUCUCUGAGACAGGAUGGGCCAAUCAUCUGCUGCCCCGGCACUGUCAUUACUGCUUUUUUCUUUUAUGAUAAAGAAACGUCCA